AUGGAUAGCAAGGGCAAGAGCAAAGCCUCCCCUUCCAAGAGCAAGAGAAAAGGGGGUCAACCGAUCCCACCGUCAGCCCAAAACGACCAGUCCUCCUCCACCACUAACAGGUUCCUUGGCGUCCGGAGGCGGCCGUGGGGCCGGUACGCGGCCGAGAUACGCGACCCAACUACCAAAGAGCGCCACUGGCUAGGGACAUUCGACACGGCCGAGGAGGCCGCACUGGCCUACGACCGGGCCGCCCGGUCCAUGCGCGGGUCCCGCGCCCGCACCAACUUCGUCUACUCCGACAUGCCGCCGGGCUCCUCCGUCACCUCCAUCAUCUCCCCCGACGAGGAGCACUCCGACUUCACCAUGCUCUUAGCCGCCGGCGGCGUCACUGCCGCCGGUGACAGCUCCGGCCACAGUCAAAUUUUUUUCGGGCAGAAUUCGGGCUUUCAGCUGUCCGGGGACGCGUGGCAGGGGAGCGGGCAGGUGGAGUAUCGGCCGCAGGUGGCGGAGGAUGAGCUGCCGCCGCUGCCGCCUGACAUCACGAGCGGCUGCUACGCCGGGGAGCCGCCGGUGCUGUCGGAAAUGGGGCAUGGGGUGUUGAAUGACAUGAGGUGUCUGGAGCUGUCGGAGCAGCGGCGGAGCAUGGACGCGGCGGUGGGAUACGACGUCGCCGGGUAUUUCAGGGUGGAUGAUUCGGCGGAGGCGGCGAGGAGUAGCUUCUCCGGCGGGUUUGGGUGGUACUGA